AUGGACCCCUCGGUGACGCUGUGGCAGUUUCUGCUGCAGCUGUUGAGAGAACAAGGCAAUGGCCACAUCAUCUCCUGGACCUCACGGGAUGGCGGGGAGUUCAAGCUGGUGGAUGCUGAGGAGGUGGCCCGGCUGUGGGGACUGCGCAAAAACAAGACCAACAUGAAUUAUGACAAGCUCAGCCGGGCUCUGCGGUACUACUACGACAAGAACAUCAUCCGCAAAGUGAGCGGCCAGAAGUUCGUCUACAAGUUUGUGUCCUAUCCCGAGGUCGCAGGGUGCUCCGCUGAGGACUGUCCGCCGCAGCCUGAGGUGUCUGUCACCUCCACUGUGGCAAACGUGGCCCCCGCCGCUGCACACGCCGCCCCCGGGGACACUGCCUCCGGGAAGCCAGGCACACCCAAGGGUGCAGGAGUGGCAGGCUCAGGUGCCUUGGCUCGAAGCAGCCGGAACGAGUACAUGCGCUCAGGCCUCUAUUCCACCUUCACCAUCCAGUCCCUGCAGCCACAGCUCCAGCUGCCCCUGCAUCCGAGGUCCGUCUCAGUGCUUUCCAACACCGCCCCGGCGGGAGCCGCAGCGCCCCCCUCGGGGAGCCGGAGCACCAGCCCAAGUCCCUUGGAGGCCUGCCUAGAGGCUGAGGAGGCUGGCCUGCCUCUGCAGGUCAUUCUGACCCCGCCUGAGACCGUGAACCUUAAAUCGGAAGAAGCGAAUGUGGAGCCUCGCGUGGCUCGGCCACAGCCCCCAGAAGUGAAAGUGGAAGAGCCCGAGGAAGAGCUCCAAACCCCAGCCAGUGGGGAGGCGGGGUACACACCGGAAGCCCCAAGGGCCGGGCGGGAAGUCCCUCCUGCGGAGGGUGUGUCCGCCCGGCAUCCUGCGGUUGUCAUGGAGACUGCAGGGCCCGCAGGCGGCCUCGGGGCUUCCACAGCUUCCAGCACGGAGAUCGCCCAGCCCCAGAAGGGCCGCAAGCCCCGGGACCUGGAGCUCCCGAUCAGCCCUAGCCUGCUAGGGGGGCCGGGGCCCGAACGGACUCCGGGAUCGGCUACUGGCUCAGGUCUGCAGGCGCCGGGGCCAGUGCUGACGCCAUCCCUGCUGCCUACGCACACAUUGACCCCGGUGCUGCUGACGCCCAGCUCGCUGCCCCCCAGCAUUCACUUCUGGAGCACCCUGAGCCCCAUUGCACCCCGUAGCCCGGCCAAGCUCUCCUUCCAGUUUCCAUCCAGCGGCAGCGCCCAGGUGCACAUCCCCUCCAUCAGCGUGGAUGGCCUCUCCACCCCCGUGGUGCUCUCCCCCGGGCCCCAGAAGCCAUGA